AUGCUGCGUAACGAUCGAUUGCCCGAGUUUGAAGCUCGCUCGCCCAUGGAUGACCGAAGUCCUCCAGAACAGAUGAUUUCGAGCCCUCGUCACUCGGCCCAGCGGCCACCUCUUCGCGUACGGCCGCAGACAUGGCAUCCCUAUGGACCGGUAGAGCCUCCACUGGAGACCUCCUCGCCACGAUCUAUCGGAGUUCACGCAAUCCUCAAUCCUACAUCACAAGGACUCAACCCCGACAAACCUCUUCACCUGCGCCUCAGCCAGGCUUCUCGCUUGCAUCUCAGCCUCUAUCCCCAAAGUCUCUCCCACGGGCCGGGAGCCCUCAACUCACCUUCUUUAUACUAUGUUGGUCCUGUGGGGACAACACCCUCGGCUCGCUCGAGCACAGCUCAACCACCGUCAUUCCUCUCUCAAGAUCGCCAGCAGCAGCAACAACAACCUCCGCAUCUCAAUAGUUCUGCGAUGCUUCAUGAUUCAACGCUUCGUCCCGUUGCUUCAUCACCAGUGUCACAACCCUUGACCAGAGGUCCACUCAAUUCUCCUCCAAGCAUUCACGCAGGACACGUUAACGCUGGAUCUGGACCACGAGCAACCCCAAAUGGUCCCGAAACGAGUCCAUCAACACCUCAAUCGAUAUUCAGUCACGUUGGUCGCGCUUCACCGGCGGUGGCCAGUAUGUCGCUUCCACCCUGUGCGACGACACACGCCACGCCCGCACCGCCGACAUAUCCAAGUACCGAGUUGGGCGGUCGAGCCAUGUCUGUCACGGCGGGACCUCCUCACAGCAGCACCCCGGAGGAGAAUCCCGGUGCCCAAGGGAUGAUUCCAUGCGUACUCGAUCUCAAGUCAGGCUCCUCAACCCAAGCUGAAAAACGAAAAGCCAACAGCGAUGCUUCACGAAGAUUUCGCAACCGGAAACGGAACGAAAUGCAACUUGAACAGCGGCUCAGUGCCCAGCAGGAGGAAAUUCAGCGCCAGGCGGAGACGAUUCGGCGCCAGGCGGAAGAGAUCCAGUUCCUUGCGAACCAAAGGGACUAUUAUCGCUCUGAGCGAAACUUCUUUCGGGAGACCCUUGAGCGUCUGGAUGACUCCAAGUACCCGUCACAGAGACCGUUGUCACCGCGACCCAUGCAUCUGAAUGUGGUUCCAGGAAUGGAUACGCCUAAAUCGGGAACGGCGCCGAGCCCUCCAUCGGUGAAGAGAGAGCCUGCACCGAUGCGACCGCUUGAAUCGGUUCGAUCUCAAAGUGACUGGGGUGUAUCGGAUGUUUCGCCUUCAUUUGCUUCCCCCGUUGGACCUGGACCUGUGCCUCCUAACCCCCCGCGUCUUUCUGGAAAUGACAUCUCGCCCCGCGCAGACCCGACAUCAGUAGCCGGAGUAGCUUUGGCACCGCUGCAGAAAUCCUGGUCACGACCAUGA